AUGGAGGGGGAAUCACCUCGAGGGGGCGCCAUGCGCGAACAGCCCCUUCCAGCCAUCCAUCCGUCUUUUAUACAGGUGGCCAACCCAUACAUAUUCGAGCAAACGGUUGAAAGCUGCAUCGAAUCGAUGGGGGUCAAACCUCCUCGCGAGACUUCAUCGCGUCUUCAGGGCGUGGCGUGGCUCGAUGAGGAUGCUGCGGCUGCAGCUUUAUUCACGGCCUGCAAGAUUGAAGAUACGCUCAAGAAGUCGCGUGAUAUCGUGUGUGCCGCAUACAACUUGAAAGUCUCACCUUCGGAGCAAUUAUCAGCCGAUGAUCCAAUGUUUGAAACAAAUGCACGGGGUAUCAUCGGUCUUGAGCGACUAAUGCUAGAAGCCUCGGGCUUUGAUUUCCGCACUCGGCACCCCCAAAAGACCCUCAUGAAAUUGAGCCGGCAUUACGGAUUACCUCGAGAUUCCGAGGUCGCCAAUCUUGCCUAUCGAAUCUCAACAGAUCUCUAUCGCACAUUCGCUCCGAUCAAACAGGGCUCCUCGGCCAUGGCUUUCGGCUGCCUCGAACUUGCAGGGCGACUCCUAGAUCAGCGCGCCCAACAGGUCGAAUCCGGGCAGGACUAUGCUCAGUGGAACACAACUCGCGCGGAAGUAAUGGAAACCUUGUUCGAUCUAUUAGAACUAUACACGCAUCACCGCUCACAUACGACUGUCGGGUCGGAAUUCCCUGAAGACAGGUUCCUUACCGUUCGCAUCCCCCUCAAUCAAGAGGCCAGUGAGCAGCAUAUCCCUCGAUACAACGUUUGGGUUGAUCGUCCUCAAAAGCCAUCCAACGGUUCAGGGGGACUGCAUGACUCUCAUCGAAUCGCCCACCCACUCACGCCGAUCGCGGCGAACGGUGAGAGUCAAAAGACGAGCGAACGAGGGCGCGAUGCGGCAGUGCGGUUCAUGCUUGAUCCUGCAUGUGCGGAUGAGGAGAAACGAGAGGUGGCGCGCUACUUCGAUGUUGAAAUGGAAGAAUAUGAAGCUGAGCACUGA